AUGGCGCUCUACAACAAAGCAACAUCGUGCGUGGCGGCCUGCUGCGCCGAGCCGCGCUGUUCGGUGGCCGUGGUGGAGCUGCCCCCGCGGCCCGGGCUGCCGGCCGCCGCGCCCGGCUGCUACCUCUUCAAUUGCACUGCGCGCGGCCGCAGCGUCUGCAGGUUCUCGCCCCACCGCGGCUACAACAGCUACAGCCUCAGCCAUGCCGCGGAGACCGAGCCGGGAGCCCUGGCAGCCGCUAUCCCAGACUCCCCGGCAGCCGCUGCCUCGCCUCCGCUCGAAGAUGAUGAGCCUCCACUUAGCAAGGCUGGGCAGGAUGUGGUUGUGCAUCUGCCCACAGACGGGGUGACUUUGGAUGGCCGCGAGAGCACAGAUGACCACGCCAUUGUCCAGUAUGAGUGGACGCUGCUGCAGGGUGACUCCUCGGUGGACAUGAAGGUGCCUCACUCAGGAACGCUGAAGCUGUCCCACUUACAAGAAGGAACAUACACCUUCCAGCUGACCGUGACUGACACCGUGGGUCAGAGAAGUUCUGACAACGUCUCGGUGACUGUGCUCCCCGUGGCCUACUCCACAGGAGGAUGCUUGAAGGUUUGUUCGCGCUACCACUUCUUCUGUGAUGAUGGCUGUUGCAUUGACAUCACUCUCGCCUGCGACGGAGUGGAGCAGUGCCCUGAUGGAUCUGAUGAGGCCUUCUGUCAAAAUCUAAACCUUGGCAGCAAGAUGGUGACUCACACAGCAGCUAGUCCUGCCCAGUCAAGAACCAUCGGACUGAGUGAAGAUGCAGCAGGGCACUCUUUGUUGGAAAUGGACCAGAAAGUGGUGGCCCAAAAGCAGCCACCUGCAUUACCAAACACAGAGAAAAGCAAUCAUUCCACCUUUCGGGGACCACAGAGUCACGUCGAUCCUGUUCUGCCAGAUGGUAGUUCCUCAGGGAACCACAAAAAAGAGGAAAAUUUUAUUUUUGAGUCAAAGAGUGAUCGAGGCGGACGGGAACACCCAGCCCCAGAACCAGGUGCAGUGCUACCCUUGGCCCUGGGCCUGGCCAUCACUGCUUUGCUGCUGCUCAUGGUUGCUUGCCGACUACGACUGGUGAAACAGAAACUUAAAAAAGCUCGUCCCAUAACAUCUGAGGAAUCUGACUACCUCAUAAAUGGGAUGUAUCUAUAA